AUGACUUUUAUAGUGAACUGCAGUCUCAUAGGACUCUCAGUCGUCACCUCGGUGGCGCUAAUCUUCGUAGCCAUGACCGCUGUCGGUCAUGUAGUCCUUGACCUCAAGAACUUCUAUGAUGAAUCCCUCCUGAAUAUUGAGGACUUCAAGGACGUUGCCAACGACGCCUGGGCUAAGAUGGUCGGAAUGGAAAGAGGAGCCAGAUUUGCUCGCAGCGCAACGAGCAAUGGCCAGAUUAUUGUACCGGCUUCAGUAGAGUGCAACUGUGGAGCUCAGCCAAACAACUGCCCUUCUGGCCCUCCAGGACCACCUGGAGAACCAGGAGAUGCUGGCAUUGAUGGAGAUAACGGACAAGAUGGUGCACCUGGUAAACCUGGCAUCAGCAAUGGAGGAGGAAGCAGUUACGACACAGCGUGUAUAAAAUGCCCUCCUGGACCGCAAGGACCUGCAGGACUAGACGGCCCACAAGGACCACCUGGUCCAGACGGCAAGCCAGGCAGCGAUGGAAAGGCUAGAUACAUCGCAGUCCCGGGAGAACCGGGGCCAGUUGGAGACCAAGGCCAAGCUGGAGAGCCGGGAACACCAGGCCAACCGGGGAAACCUGGACAGAACGGCAAACGAGGAACAGGACGCCCAGGACCACCUGGACCACCAGGGCCACAAGGAGAGCCCGGUCAACCGGGACAAGAUGGUGCCACUGGAGAAGACGGAUAUCCUGGAGAAGAAGGACCGGAAGGACUUGAAGGACACAAAGGCUUGCCAGGUGAAGACGGUAGCCCUGGAGCUCCUGGUGAUGCAGGUAAUCCGGGCGAUAAUGCCGCGUACUGCCCAUGCCCUCCAAGAAUAUUAUUCACUGUACCACCUGACGCCGCUGUGGACGACACACAGGGGCAGGGCACUUAUUGGAAAAUUUUAUUCUAA